AAGGUUUAUAAUUGUGAGAAAUUGUUUCAUGUGGUUCGGUUCAAUAUGAUCCCACGACUGCAAAAUCUGGAAAUAUUCAUGGUAGACAGUUGUCCAAAGAUGGAAGCGAUAGUCACGGAGAAAGAAAAAGAAAAAGGAACCACCAGUAAUGAUAUCAUUGCGUUCCCUCAAUUAACAACUCUUAAUCUUUCGGAGUUGGCAAGCCUUAAAAGUUUUUACACGUGGCCUACAAGAUCGGAAGCACAGCCAUUGUUCAACCACCAGGUUGCUUUCCCCGUCUUGAAGAAUUUGGUAAUUAGGAAUUUGCCUAACAUAAUAGAGAUAUGGGAGAAGCAAUUACUCAUAGCCUCAGAAAAUGAAUCAAAGUCCUGCCGACUGAAAGAUUUGGAGGUUUCUAAUUGUGAGAAAUUGGUUCAUGUGGUUCGGUUCAAUAUGCUCCCACGACUGCAAAAUCUGGAAACAUUCAUGGUAAACAAUUGUCCAAAGAUGGAAGCAAUAGUCGCGGAGAAAGAAAAAGAAAAAGGAACCACUAGUAAUGAUAUCAUCGCGUUCCCUCAAUUAACAACUCUUAAUCUUUCGGAGUUGGCGAGCCUUAAUAGUUUUUACACGUGGCCUACAAGAUCGGAAGCACAACCAUUGUUCAACCACCAGGUUGCUUUCCCCGUCUUGGAGAAUUUGGAAAUUUCGAAAUUGCCUAACAUAAUAGAGAUAUGGGAGAAGCAAUUACUCAUAGCCCCAGAAAACGAAUCAAAGUCCUGCCGACUGAAAGAUUUGAAGGUUUAUAAUUGUGAGAAAUUGGUUCAUGUGGUUCGGUUCAAUAUGCUCCCACGACUGCAAAAUCUGGAAAUAUUCAUGGUAGACAAUUGUCCAAAGAUGGAAGCAAUAGUCGCGGAGAAAGAAAAAGAAAAAGGAACCACCAGUAAUGAUAUCAUUUCGUUCCCUCAAUUAACAACUCUUAAUCUUUCGGAGUUGGCGAGCCUUAAAAGUUUUUACACGUGGCCUACAAGAUCGGAAGCACAACCAUUGUUCAAUCACCAGGUUUGAUUUUCCUAAUUUAUUUUAUUAACCUUGUCCAUGAG